AGUCACUUGACCAAGCUCUUCGAAAUAAAAUAAAAUACAAAUCCCAACGUUGGCACAACUGAACCUCUCGCGACCAUGGCACGGAACAGCGUCCCGGUGCUCGAGGAGGCGCGGCCGCCCGAGGACGCGGGCAACAACCGCGGCAACUUUACGCGCAACCUCGCCAAGGAGGACGACAGCGCCAUUGCGCGCAAGAUGUUCUUCGGCGGCCUCGCCUUCCUGCCGUGGCUGUGGGCAGUCAACGCCUUCUUCUACCGCCGCCAGCUGCUCGAUGCGACGCUCGACCCGACGACGACGCUCUGGGUGCGCCGGUCGGCUGUCGGCUUUGUCGUCGUCACAUGCGUCUUUGUGGCGUGGAUGGUCACAUUCCAACUGACGUGGAAGCAAAACAAUUGGCAAAACCUCCUCCUUGUUGUGCCCGCCGAAGACUUGGACAAGGGCUGGUAGGCGGCGCUGUAUGGCUUGUACGAUGACGGAAAUCCCAUCUCUUUUGUAUUGCAUGUUCUCUACUCGACGACGGGCGUGGGCGUCGCGCUGCCAGGGCGAGACCGCGCACACCAAGCAGUCGCAUGAGCGCUGAUAGUCAAUGCAUAGCUCAUGUAGCUGCAUCUUGGCCAUCCACGGCGAUGGCUGCCGGCGAGAUGACCGUGACAGGGUCGGACGGCGAAGAAAGGCCAUGCAGCAACUAAAUAGUAGUCUUUGAUUGUACACUAGUAGUCUUUGAUUGUACACCAAGCUAUCUCUAACUCAAGAACGGCUCGUCGCGAACGUUCUGGACGAGUUCGCGC